CUCCGGCCUUCCUCCUUCGGCGCAUUCAGCAUCUCAUGGUUCAUUCAGCCGGACACGGACCCGCAGAAAGAGCCGCGCAGUAAAAGGCUGGGGCCACAAACUCAGCUCAACACCCCGUACCAUUGUAAGGCGGAUCAUACGGACUGGCCAUGGCGGACGUUGGCGAGGUCUUGAUGUCGGUGCUGUCCACAAUUCGGGUCCCAAAAACCGGAGACCGAGUCCACAAAGACGAAUGCGCCUUGUCAUUUGCCUCACCGGAAAGUGAAGGGGGCUUGUUUGUGUGCAUGAACACCUUUCUGGGCUUUGGCAGUCAAUAUGUGGACAGACAUUAUGCACGGACCGGACAGAGAGCCUACCUGCACAUCACCAGGACCCGCAAGCCCAAGAGCGAAGAUGACAAUAACUCUGCCGCUGGACACCCACCAAAGAAAAAGCCCACCAGACUAGCCAUCGGGAUUGAAGGGGGAUUUGAUGUUGACCAAGACCAAUACGAGGAGGAUAUAAAAGUGGUAAUUUUACCCGACCGGCAAGAAGUAACAUCUGACGACCUCACAACUAUGACGGAGGUCGUGAAAGAACGAGUUUCCCGGUCGAUGGCGGGCAUCAUGGCGGCUGACUCAGUGUCUCACGCGUUACAAGUGCAGCAGUGGGACGGAGAAGUGAGGCAGGAGUCAAAGCACGCAGCCGACCUCAAACAACUGGACAACGGAGUCAAGAUCCCUCCCAGCGGCUGGCGGUGCGAGGUGUGUGAUCUCCAGGAAAACAUUUGGAUGAACCUCACGGACGGGAAAGUGCUUUGUGGGCGCAGGUAUUUCGAUGGCUCAGGAGGAAAUAACCACGCCCUGCUCCACUUUAAAGAGACCGGAUACCCACUGGCUGUCAAACUGGGCACCAUCACACCCGACGGAGCAGACGUCUAUUCAUACGAUGAGGACGACAUGGUUUUGGAUUCAAAGUUGGCAGAGCACCUUUCUCAUUUUGGCAUCGACAUGAUGACCAUGGAAAAGACUGAGCGGACGAUGACGGAGCUGGAGAUAGCAGUGAACCAGCGCGUGGGCGAGUGGGAGGUGAUCCAGGAGUCGGGUACCACCCUGAGGCCGCUGUUCGGUCCUGGGCUCACGGGGAUGAAGAACCUUGGCAACAGCUGCUACCUCAACUCCGUCAUGCAAGUGCUCUUCACCGUGCCAGAUUUCCAGGAGAAGUAUGUGUCAAACAUUGACAAAAUCAUUGAUGACGCUCCAAGUGAUCCAAGCCAGGACUUCAAAACUCAAGUAGCCAAACUGGGCUACGGCCUUUUAUCAGGAGAAUACUCCAAACCAGCACCAGACCCUGGGGAUGAAAACGGUGCGUCUGAACCCAGGGGAGACCAAAUAGGAAUAGCACCGCGAAUGUUCAAAGCACUUGUGGGACGGGGCCACCCUGAGUUUUCCACCAAUCGACAACAGGACGCUCAGGAGUUUUUAUUGCACUUCAUAAACAUGGUGGAGAGAAACUGCCGCUCGGGGACAAACCCGUCAGAGGCCUUCAGGUUUCUGGUGGAGGAGAAAAUCGUGUGUGAACAGUCUCAAAAAGCAAAGUACACACAGCGCGUUGACUACAUCGUACAGCUGCCGGUCCCGAUGGAUCAAGCCACCAACACAGAGGAGCUCCAGGAGGCCGAGCGUCGCCGUGAACUGGGGGACACAUCGCCCAUGGUUCGGGCUCAGAUUCCCUUCACCUCGUGCAUGGCGGCCCUCACGGAGCCAGAGGUGCUCACCGACUUCUGGAGCUCAGCCGUGCAGGCCAAGACUACCGCCACCAAAACGAUGCGGUUUGCGUCUUUCCCCGAUUACCUUGUUAUCCAGAUUAAAAAGUUUACAUUUGGCCUUGACUGGGUCCCCAAAAAACUAGAUGUGAGCAUUGACGUCCCGGACACACUGGACUUAAGCGCGCUGAGAGCCACCGGUCAGCUGCCCGGAGAGGAGCUGCUCCCUGAGGUGGCCCCUCCCCCUCUCAUGACGCCCGAUGUGGAGGUCAAAGCUCCGGUCCUGGAUGACUCCACCGUGUCUCAGCUGUGUGAGAUGGGCUUCCCUCUGGAGGCGUGCAGGAAAGCUGUUUACUACACCGGGAACUCGGGCAUUGACGCCGCCAUGAACUGGGUCAUGACUCACAUGGACGACCCCGACUUUGCCUCUCCCCUGGUUCUCCCGGGCAGUUCUGGAGCAGGAAACACUCCAACAGAGUCUCUAUGUGAGGAGCACCUGGCCACCAUCAUCUCCAUGGGCUUCAGCCGAGACCAAGCAACCAAAGCACUUAGAGCCACGAGUAACAUCCUGGACCGGGCUGUGGACUGGAUCUUCUCUCACGUGGACGAUCUGGAGUCGAUGGACGUGUCUGAGGGACGCUCCGCCGCAGAGAGCGAGGGCGCCAGAGAGCCACCGCCUGGGCCCCGAGUGAGAGACGGACCAGGAAAGUAUGAGCUGUUUGCGUUCAUCAGUCACAUGGGGACGAGCACUAUGUGUGGACAUUACGUUUGCCAUAUCAAGAAAGACCAACAGUGGGUCAUCUUUAACGAUCAGAAGGUCUGUGCCUCUGAGAAGCCUCCUAAAGACCUGGGAUACCUCUACUUCUAUCGACGAGUGGCCGAAUAAACUAGGACCUGUACCAACGCACCGCACCAUGCUUUUUUAGUGUCAGACAUCCAAUCGACUGUACAUACAUCGAAGCUUUCACCACAUGUGUGCUACUACAUCUGUAAUCCAAAUUGGGGAUAUCAUUUUGGUGUUCACUGCCCUAUGUUUUUCAAAAAUGUUUUAAAUAGAAACUUUGUUGUUUGCUCCAAUAGGCACACACUCCUCUUUACUGCUUCCAAGAACGACAAAGUUACGGUCUGAAAAGGCUCCAACUUUGACUCAGACUCAAUAGUUCAUAAUAUGCAGCGUGUUAAGAACGUGUUAAUAAGACCACUACCAAAUCAGUUGCUUUUUUUACACGCUAAAGUAAAGGUGAUAUCUCGCUGUUGGUUUGAUUUUUUCCAAAUAAAACCUUUGUUACUGCUGUGGCAAAUAAAACGCGAAUUUUGACCA